AGAGCAGUCCGCCCGCCGGCAGGGGGCAGCGCGGUGCGCGGGGGGCGCCUCUCUGCACGCCGCCAGUGACCAGCGCGGAGUCGCCGGGAGACCGAGGUGCCGCCAUGGAGCCGCGCGCCGCGGCCUGGGGCCUGCCCAUGUCCGGCGGGGGCUCCCCAGGCCCGGGCAGCUGCACGAGGGGCCGGGGGGCGGCGGAGCAGAGCGUGGCCGGUGUGGAGCUGCGUGCCGGACGGCGGGAGCCUUGCGUGCUCAGCCUGGCUCGGCGGGGCGGCCGCUGCGGGAUACUUAUCCAGUCCCAGGAGAGGGACAGCUCCGAUCUGGAUUACAUCCCCAUCAAUAGCCGCUUCAGAUGUGUGCAAGAGGCAGAAGAAACACUGCUGAUUGAUAUAGCUGCAAACACAGGCUGCAAGGUCCGGAUCCAGGGUGAGGAGGCAGCAGAGCGGCUCUUUGAAAUCCCGGAUGAGGAGCGUUGCUUGGGGUUCCUGGCAGAGGUGCAGAGCAUCCAGGAAGCCCACCUGAAAGCUUCUCCUAUGGAGCCAAAGGACUCGUCCAGCUGGCAUCAGGUGGAGAAGAACCUCCCAGGCUUCUCACAGGCCUCUUCUUCAGGGGCUCUGGGGUUUGAGGAUGACUUCACUGCUCUGAGCCUAGAAGAGAAAAGGAAUGGGCAAAACCACCAAGCAGGCUCUCAUCGGGAGCCCCCCCCACCUCCCGUGCCUCAGAACAGGCAAUUCCACCGAGAGAGAGAAGGUUCAUCCAGAGACCAGCCAAGAGUGACCAACACAAUGCGCAAGAUGUUCCUGCCCAGCAGCCAAUCAGGGCAGCGAGAGGGGCUCAUCAAACACCUGCUUGCCAAGAGGGAGAAGGCAUAUGUCAACCUUCACAACUUCAGAUUUUUUGUGGGAACGUGGAAUGUGAAUGGGCAGUCUCCAGACAGUGGCCUGGAGCCCUGGCUGGUGUGUGACAUGGAGCCUCCAGAUGUCUACUGCAUCGGAUUCCAGGAGCUGGACCUCAGCACGGAGGCUUUUUUCUACUUUGAUUCUGUGAAGGAGCAGGAGUGGCUGGCUGCUGUGGAGAAGGCCCUGCACCCCCAUGCCAAGUACAAGAAAGUGCAAAUGGUCCGUCUGGUUGGGAUGAUGCUGCUCAUAUUUGCAAAGAAGGAUCAGCUGAGCAAUAUCAGAGAGAUCGUGACGGAGUCUGUGGGCACGGGAGUCAUGGGGAAGAUGGGCAACAAGGGUGGUGUGGCCGUGAGGUUUGUGUUCCACAACACCACCUUCUGCAUCGUCAACUCCCACCUUGCCGCGCAUGUGGAGGACUUUGAGCGGCGGAAUCAGGACUAUAAGGACAUCUGUGCCCGGAUGAGUUUUGCAACCCCAGAUGAGAGCCUACCUCACAUCAACAUCAUGAAACACGAUGUUGUCAUCUGGCUGGGAGACUUGAACUACAGGCUUUGUCUCCCUGAUGCCAGUGAAGUGAAAAGUCUCAUCAGUAAGAACGAGCUUCAGAAGCUGCUGACAUACGACCAGCUGAAUAUUCAGCGCAUGCAGAAGAAGGCAUUUGCCGAUUUCACCGAGGGAGAGAUUAAAUUCAUCCCCACGUACAAAUACGACUCUAAAACAGACCGCUGGGACUCCAGUGGGAAGUGUCGUGUGCCAGCAUGGUGCGACCGGAUCCUAUGGAGAGGGGGGAGUGUCACCCAGCUCCGCUAUGGCAGCCACAUGGACCUGAAGACCAGUGACCACAAGCCCGUCAGCGCGCUCUUCCUCAUCGGGGUAAAGGUUGUGGAUGAGCAGAAGUAUCGCAAGUUGUUUGAAGACAUUGUUCGCUUAAUGGACAGAAUGGAGAAUGACUUCCUGCCUUCGCUGGAGCUAAGCAGGAGAGAAUUUGAGUUUCAGAACGUGAAGUUCCGUCAGCUGCAGAAGCAGAAGUUCCAGAUCACCAACAACGGGCAGGUCACUUGCCACUUUUCCUUCAUCCCCAAGCUGAAUGACAACCACUACUGUAAGCCGUGGCUGCGAGCCGAGCCCUGUGAGGGUUACCUGGAGCCAGAUGAGAGCACGGACAUCUCCCUGGACGUGUAUGUCAGCAAGGACUCGGUGACCCUCCUGAACUCUGGUGAGGAUAAAAUUGAGGAUAUUCUUGUCCUUCACUUGGACCGGGGGAAGGAUUAUUUCCUCACCAUUAGUGGGACCUACCUGCCCAGCUGCUUCGGCACCUCCCUGGAGGCCUUGUGCCGAAUGAGACGACCGAUCCGAGAAGUUCCAGUCACCAAACUCAUUGACCUGGGAGAAGAUAGCUUCUUAGAAAAGGAGAAGUCUGUGCUGCAGAUGGGCUCCUUGGACAGUGAGGAGGAUGGUGGGACACCGCUGCAGGUGCCAAAGGAGGUGUGGCUGCUGGUGGAUCACUUGUUCAAGCAUGCCUGCCACCAGGAAGACCUGUUCCAGACUCCAGGCAUGCAAGAAGAGUUGGAGCAGAUCAUUGACUGCCUGGACACCAGUAUCCCUGAGACAAUCCCGGGCAGCAACCACUCGGUAGCUGAGGCGCUCCUCAUCUUCCUAGAGGCACUGCCGGAGCCAGUGAUCUGCUACGAGCUGUACCAGCGGUGCCUGGACUGGUCACACAGCAGCCGCCUCUGCCGGCAGGUACAGAGCUGCCACCGGGUCCUGCUUUCACCCUGGGAGCUGCCCUGGGCCCUGGAGCUGGCCCUUGGGGUGAUUUUCCAGCUGCCCCGUUGCCACCGCAGCGUGUUCCGGUACCUGAUGUCAUUCCUCCGUGAGCUGCUCCGAUACUCUGAGGACAACAAAGUCAGUGUCACCAUGAUUGCUGCCCUGUUCUCCAGCCUCCUCCUGCGUCCACCACCCAACCUAGUGACCAAGCAGUCGCAGCAGGACCGCCAGCGCGCCAUCAACUUCCUCUACAGCUUCCUGCUGGCUGGGGAUGAGGAGUGAGCCCUGCCUGUGCCGCCAGCCCUGCAGUGGGGCUGGGCCUCCAGGGAGACUCCCAACUACUCCAAGUGCCGUGUUUACAGUCGGAAGGACAUGCUCCCCUCUCCUUCCCACUGCUGUACCCUGCACUGCAGUGGACCUGCACACUCACUUCACUGCCAACCAUGCCAAGAGCUUCCUGCUCUCUCCUUGGCUGGGUUUGGUGGUGCCCAAGCACUGUGCCAGCGGCCCACGGCAGUGUCAGUCAUGCUUCUCUUUCCUUUUCACCCUCUCUCUCUUGAGCUGCUGUGGGGCAGGCACAGACUGUGAGUGCUGGUGGAGGCGCCGUGGCAUUCACCUUGCGUGCCAUGGCCCUGCGGGUGCAUGUGCUGGUGUGCACUGACUGAACCACGAGAGCCCUGGGCGGAUGUUGGGUACGUUUCAUCCUCUGCCCAACAGCAGACCCAGCCAGCCCUGAUGCCCCAUCACUGUGCUAUGGAAGCUGGACUGCAGCUUUCCAGAAAGAUUCUGUGGACAUUCAGCCUCUCCGGAUCAGUGGGGGGGUGUUAUCCCUUCGUCUCCCUCCUGGAGCACAGGGCUCAGCAUACAGCUCUCCCUACUGCAUUCCCAGCCUUCUGCACUGUAGCUGAGUUUUGCUCUACUUUGCCCCUUCCCUUUGCCCCACCUUCCUCUGGGACACGUGUGAUGGGGCAGGCAGGGAGCAGCACCUUGCUUAUCAGGGCUGCCCCUGUGUGUAGUGUGGGGCAGAACACAGCUCUUGACCCGGCCAGCCCUGCUUGCAAAGCCAUGAGGGUACAACAGGCUGGGUGAUGGGGGGCCUUGGAUACUUCCCUACCCUAGAGAGUGCAGGCGGGUGAGGAAGAGGAGAUGAGGCAGAAAUGCAUCCUGAGUCCCAGAGGAGCAGCUCUAGUGCUGGGGAUACCCCUGGGGCCUGGUGGCUGACAAGUCCCAUGGAAACUCUAAGCAGCAUCCUGCCACAUCUGGCUAGCAGCUGCAGGAGGCCACUGCUUGCUAGUGCCCAGCCCAUGGUGUCCUGUGGCUCCGUGGUCCCUGCUGGGUGAGCUGCUGGGGGCUCCCAGCCCCAGCUCUUUAAACUUUUUAAAUGAUGUAAUUUAUUGGGAAAUGGUUGGUUCCAAAUAAACCUCCCUUGUGCCAAGUU